UGGCCAGGCCGCCACUCUAGACCGGAAGUCUAGUCUAGAGUCUAUAUAGGCCUAGCCAGGAUAUAGUCCUUUGGGAGGGAGAACUCUGUGUUCUUCCCGGCAAGAACGUGUGGGCCUGGCCGGCCACGCUUCGCUUUGGAGGGGUGCAGGUGACUUGUGUCUUAGAGCUGACGCAGAUUGGUGCGAGAUCAUUGCGGAGAGGCAGACCUGCAGCGUGACCUGCUGCGGGUCCGGCCCCUCUCCCUUUUCCAGAGACCUGGUCCCGAAAGGAAUUAAAGUUUCAGGCCUCCUUUCUGCCGUCCUCUAGAGGGACUCUGCGAUCAAGUAAGUGGGGUGCCGAGGCUCGGGCAGCAUGACGACGGAGACCUUUGUGAAGGAUAUCAAGCCUGGGCUCAAGAAUCUGAACCUCAUCUUCAUUGUGCUGGAGACAGGCCGAGUGACCAAGACAAAGGACGGGCAUGAGGUUCGGACCUGCAAAGUGGCGGACAAAACAGGCAGCAUCAAUAUCUCUGUCUGGGACGAUGUCGGCAAUCUGAUCCAGCCUGGGGACAUUAUCCGGCUCACCAAAGGGUACGCUUCAGUUUUCAAAGGUUGUCUGACACUAUAUACUGGCCGUGGGGGUGAUCUGCAGAAGAUUGGAGAAUUCUGUAUGGUUUAUUCUGAGGUUCCUAACUUCAGUGAGCCAAAUCCAGAGUACAGCACCCAGCAGACACCCAACAAGGCGGUGCAGAACGACAGCAACCCUUCAGCUUCCCAGCCUACCACUGGACCCUCUGCUGCUUCUCCAGCCUCUGAGAGCCAGAAUGGGAAUGGACUGAGUGCCCCAACAGGUCCUGGUGGUGGCCCACAUCCCCCUCAUACUCCCUCCCACCCGCCCAGCACCCGAAUCACUCGAAGCCAGCCCAACCACACACCUGCAGGCCCACCUGGCCCUUCCAGCAACCCUGUUAGUAACGGCAAAGAAACCCGGAGGAGCAGCAAAAGAUAGCAUGACAUUCUUUCUUCCUGCCACCAACCACAUCCCAAGUGUCUCCUGGAGAGCAAGAUAGCCUUCCACUGGCUGGCUGGUGUAGCAGUGUUUUAGCCACUGAACUUCAGUGGAGGGGUGGUGAGCAGUGUUCUUAUCCACCCUAAUCUCAUACUCCCUCAUUGUCCAGCUGAACUAGCUGUCCCCUGGGAGUCAGGACCCUCUGCCUGCUCUCUUUCCUCUUUAGAAAUGGCAGUUACUGGCUGGGCGUGGUGGCUCACGCCUGUAAUCCCAGCACUUUGGGAGGCCGAGGUGGGCGGAUCACCUGAGGUCGGGAGUUCGAGACCAGCCUGACCAACAUGGAGAAACCCCAUCUCUAGUAAAAGUACAAAAUUAGCCAGGCAUGGUGGUGUAUGCCUGUAAUCCCAGCUACUCGGGAGGCUGAGGCAGGAGACUCGCUUGAACCCGGGAGGUGGAGGUUGUGGUGAGCCGAAAUUGCACCAUUGCACUCCAGCCUGGGCAACAAGAGAGAAAUUCCCAUCUCAAAAAAAAAAGAAAAGAAAGAAAGAAAUGGCAGUUACCAUCUGUUUCUUCUGUGUGAGACAUGGGAGUCUAACUGAAAUCUCUCCUUCUUAAUAAAUGUUACCACUCUA